AAACAUAAUACAGUGCAAACAAACCAAACCAACCACCCACAGAUAACAGUACAUACAAGCAAGCGUCGUCAGGCAGGCCGGGUCAAUAUCAACUGGGCAGGUAGGUACAGGGGGAGCAAGCGGAGAAUGGUCGGGGUCACAGGCCAGGUUCAGCAGGUAGCAAGCAGCGUAGUACAGCGGGUCAGGCAGAGGGAUGGUCAGGGUCACAAGCCAGGGAUCAGAACAGGUAGCAAGCAGCGUAGUACAGAGGGUCAGGCAGAGGGAUGGACAGGGUCACAAGCCAGGGAUCAGAACAGGAACAGGAUACAGGGCCCAAGAGAAACACAACACCAAGGCCGAGUCUGCAAGUCUGGCCAU